CGAAUUAAAAAAGAAAAGAGAGAUAGAAGCAGGGAUGAGGCACCACCUGUCCAAGAAAUACCUUUUCGUAGGAAGCAACCCACAGCAUGGAAGCUGAGGUGGCGGGUUCCUAUUGGAUAGAUCGCAAUCUAACAAAAAUGAAUUUGUACUCUGAACACAUCGAAAAGAUCUUAACCACUUUCUCUCUCCCGCCGUGCGCUUCACCUUUUGUACUUUCUUCUUCCUAAGAUUCUGCCAAUCAUAAUCUCAUAAUUCUCUCUCUCUCUCUCUCUCUGUGUGCUGCAAAUUCAUUGAUGAUUUUGAUCUAAUUGGCCUCUCUACAUCUUCGAUUACUUCGCCUGUGCAGCAUGGCGACUAAAGGGAACUCAGGAGACCAUAAAACUAGGAGUUCAGUGUCAAUUUUCAUUGUAGUUGGAUUAUGCGGUUUCUUCUACAUUUUGGGUGCAUGGCAGCGAAGUGGCUUUGGAAAGGGUGAUAGCAUAGCUCUUGAGAUCACCAAACAGACACACUGCAGCAUUCUCAACAAUUUGAAUUAUCAGACAAGUGGUGAUGCAGGAAUAGUUGAUGGUUCUGGAGCUGAAGUGAAGGAGAUUAAGCCAUGUGAUGACAAGUAUAUUGACUACACACCUUGCCACGAGCAAAUGAGGGCAAUGACAUUUCCUCGAGAGAAUAUGAUCUAUAGGGAACGACAUUGUCCCCCUGAAAAGGAGAAGCUUCAGUGCCUUAUUCCAGCGCCCAAAGGAUAUGCAAACCCAUUUCCAUGGCCAAAGAGUCGUGACUAUGUACCCUAUGCAAAUGCUCCUUACAAGAGCUUGACCAUUGAGAAGGCUGUUCAGAAUUGGAUACAAUAUGAGGGUAAUGUAUUUAGGUUCCCAGGUGGUGGAACCCAGUUUCCUCAUGGGGCUGAUGCAUAUAUCAAUCAACUUGCAUCUGUGAUCCCUAUGGACAAUGGGAUGAUUAGAACUGCAUUAGAUACUGGAUGUGGAGUUGCAAGUUGGGGUGCAUACCUUUUCAAAAAGAAUGUUAUAGCCAUGUCGUUUGCUCCAAGAGACUCUCAUGAAGCACAAGUUCAAUUUGCGUUGGAAAGAGGUGUUCCAGCUGUUAUUGGUGUACUUGGAACUAUCAAGCUGCCUUAUCCUUCUAGAGCUUUUGACAUGGCUCACUGUUCUCGUUGCCUGAUACCAUGGGGUUUCAAUGAUGGAAUGUAUAUGAUGGAAGUUGAUCGUGUUCUUAGACCUGGUGGUUAUUGGGUGCUUUCUGGUCCUCCCAUCAAUUGGAGGAAUAAUUACGAAUCAUGGCAGCGUCCUAAAGAGGAGCUUGAGGAGGAGCAAAGGAAGAUAGAAGAAGUUGCCAAACUUCUUUGCUGGGAAAAGAAACAUGAGAUGGGUGAAAUAGCCAUCUGGCAAAAAAGAAUAAAUUAUGAUUCUUGCCUUGAGCUAGACCCUCAGCCUACUAUGUGCCAAUCCACAAACACAGAUGAUGUGUGGUACAAGAAAAUGGAAGCAUGUGUAACUCCCUAUCUUAAGACCAAUGAGCCGAAUGAAGUUGCUGGUGCUCCAUGGCAGCCAUUUCAAGAAAGACUUAAUGCCAUUCCUUUCAGAAUAUCUAGUGAUUCUAUUCCUGGAGUGUCUGUUGAGACAUACCUGGAGGACACCCGUCUUUGGAAAAAGCAUGUCAAUGCUUAUAAGAGAAUAAACAAAAUCCUCGACUCAGGGAGGUACCGCAAUAUCAUGGAUAUGAAUGCUGGUAUGGGAGGUUUUGCUGCAGCCCUUGAAUCUCCAAAAUUGUGGGUUAUGAAUGUUAUGCCUACAGUAGCUGAAAAAGACACCUUGGGUGUUAUAUACGAGCGCGGUUUAAUUGGCAUAUAUCAUGAUUGGUGUGAAGCCUUCUCCACAUACCCAAGGACAUAUGACCUUAUUCAUGCAAAUGGUUUGUUCAGCUUGUAUAAGGAUAAAUGCAACAUGGAAGACAUUCUUAUUGAGUUGGAUCGAAUAUUAAGACCUGAAGGAGCGGUCAUACUCCGUGAUCAAAUGGAGGUGCUGAUCAAGGUGAAGAGAAUUGUUGGAGGAAUGAGAUGGAAUACAAAAAUGGUGGACCAUGAGGAUGGUCCACUUGUCACAGAAAAGGUCUUGUUUGCUGUGAAACAAUAUUGGGUUGCUGGAGAACACAAUAGUACUUCCUCACAGUAAACACGAAAGACAGUGCUAGAACUGCAUUGCGAUAUCAUGGGAAUUGCUACUUUUUAUGAUUCGGAACAAACAAAUUAACUUCAUCACUUACGGGCCACCCUGCCACAAGCACAGCAACAGAAUGCGGCUUCUGCAAGUAUUUACCGUUUAUUGUUUAUCAGCUUCUGUUCUUUUAGGCAGAUACAUGAUACAGAUAGGUAAUUCUUAGUUGCAAAUUAAGCCUCAUGAUCUUACAGUUUCUUUCCCAUGAUAUUUUGUUCUUUUGUGUUUAAGCUUUAGUUCGAGGGGCCUAGUGGAGUUCAUUGUUGGCUUCUCUACUUCCUGUUGCAGUUUGUAUAGAAAUUUUGAGGUUUUUUCUGAUAUUAAUUUGUCUUAUUUAUCCAAA